GUACGUCGAGGCUGCCGCGGACCCAAGAUGGCGGCGUGUGGACGUGUACGGAGGAUGUUCCCCUUGUCCGCGGCUCUGCCGCUGCUCCUGCUCGUGGCGGCCCGGGCCCAGGGGGCCCAGAACCUGGGAGUCCUCCACCAGCCUCCGGCGCCGAACCUCAGGGCCUUAAACGACCCCGCGGAUCAGCCGGUUCAGGGGCACGCUCCGCAGCCGCCUCAGCAGCAGCAGCAGCCGCAGGCGCCGCAGCAGCAGCAGUCUCAGCAACAGCAGCUGCAGCCCUUCCCGGCCGGAGCGGGGCCGGCCCGGCGGGGCGGCGCGGGGCCCGGCGGCGGCUGGAAGCUGGCGGAGGAGGAGACGUGUCGGGAGGACGUGACCCGGGUGUGCCCCAAGCACACCUGGAGCAACAACCUGGCGGUGCUGGAGUGUCUGCAGGACGUGAGGGAGCCUGACAAUGAAAUUUCAUCAGACUGCAACCAUUUGUUGUGGAACUAUAAACUGAAUCUAACUACAGACCCCAAAUUUGAAUCUGUGGCCAGAGAAGUCUGCAAAUCGACCAUAUCAGAAAUUAAAGAAUGUGCUGAAGAACCAGUUGGGAAGGGCUACUUAGUCUCGUGUUUGGUGGAUCACAGAGGCAACAUUACCGAGUACCAGUGUCAUCAGUACAUAACCAAGAUGACAGCCAUUAUCUUCAGUGAUUAUCGUCUGAUCUGUGGCUUCAUGGAUGACUGCAAAAAUGACAUCAACAUUCUGAAGUGUGGCAGCAUCCGGCUCGGAGAAAAGGACGCACAUUCACAAGGUGAGGUGGUGGCCUGCUUGGAGAAAGGCUUGGUAAAAGAAGCCGAAGAAAGAGACCCUCGUUUUCAAGUCUCAGAACCUUGCAAAAAAGCCAUUCUCCGAGUGGCUGAGCUGUCCUCAGAUGAUUUCCACUUGGAUCGGCAUUUAUAUUUCGCUUGCCGAGACGAUCGGGAACGUUUCUGUGAAAAUACACAGGCUGGUGAAGGCAGGGUAUAUAAGUGCCUCUUUAACCACAAAUUUGAAGAAUCAAUGAGUGAAAAGUGUCGGGAAGCAUUGACAACUCGACAAAAGCUGAUUGCCCAAGAUUACAAAGUCAGUUAUUCACUGGCAAAAUCUUGUAAGAGUGAUCUGAAGAAAUAUCGUUGCAAUGUGGAAAACCUUCCCCGGUCCAGGGAAGCCAGGCUUUCCUAUCUUCUGAUGUGCCUGGAGUCUGCAGUACAUAGAGGUCGACAGGUAAGCAGUGAGUGCCAGGGAGAAAUGUUAGAUUAUCGACGAAUGCUGAUGGAAGACUUUUCUCUGAGCCCUGAGAUUAUCUUGAGCUGUAGAGGGGAAAUUGAGCACCACUGCUCUGGAUUACACCGAAAAGGGCGGACUCUGCACUGUCUGAUGAAAGUAGUUCGUGGAGAAAAGGGAAACGUUGGGAUGAAUUGCCAGCAAGCGCUUCAAACACUGAUUCAAGAAACUGACCCUGGUGCCGAUUAUCGCAUUGACCGAGCUUUGAAUGAAGCUUGUGAAUCUGUAAUACAGACGGCCUGCAAGCACAUACGAUCUGGAGACCCAAUGAUCCUUUCUUGCCUGAUGGAGCAUCUCUACACAGAGAAGAUGGUUGAAGACUGUGAGCACCGACUACUUGAGCUGCAGUAUUUCAUCUCUCGAGACUGGAAACUCGACCCUGUUCUUUACCGCAAGUGCCAAGGAGAUGCUUCUCGUCUUUGCCAUACCCAUGGCUGGAAUGAGACCAGUGAGCUCAUGCCUCCCGGAGCUGUGUUCUCCUGUUUAUAUAGACAUGCCUACCGCACUGAGGAGCAAGGCCGGAGACUAUCUCGAGAAUGCCGAGCUGAAGUCCAGAGGAUCUUGCACCAACGAGCCAUGGACGUGAAGCUGGACCCUGCUCUCCAGGACAAGUGCCUCAUUGACCUGGGGAAGUGGUGCAGUGAAAAAACCGAGAUGGGCCAGGAGCUUGAAUGCCUCCAGGAUCAUCUUGAUGAUUUAGUUGUGGAUUGCAGAGACAUAGUGGGCAACCUCACGGAAUUAGAGUCCGAGGACAUCCAGAUCGAGGCUUUGCUGAUGAGAGCCUGUGAGCCCAUCAUUCAGAACUUCUGCCACGACAUGGCAGAUAAUCAGAUUGACUCUGGAGAUCUGAUGGAGUGUCUGAUCCAAAACAAACACCAGAAGGAAAUGAAUGAGAAGUGUGCGAUUGGUGUCACCCACUUCCAGCUGGUCCAGAUGAAGGACUUCCGAUUCUCCUAUAAAUUUAAGAUGGCCUGCAAGGAAGAUGUCUUAAAACUUUGCCCCAAUAUCAAAAAAAAAGUGGACGUGGUGAUCUGCCUGAGCACGACCGUGCGCAAUGACACGCUGCAGGACGCCAAGGAGCAGAGGGUGUCCCUGAAAUGCCGCAGGCAGCUACGUGUUGAGGAGCUGGAAAUGACAGAGGAUAUCCGCCUGGAGCCAGAGUUAUACGAGGCCUGCAAAAGUGACAUCAAGAACUACUGUCAAACCGUACCCUUUGGCAAUGCCCAGAUUAUUGAGUGCCUCAAAGAGAAUAAAAAGCAGCUCAAUCCUCGGUGCCACCAGAAGGUCUUUAAGCUGCAAGAGACAGAGAUGAUGGACCCAGAGUUGGACUACACGCUCAUGAGAGUGUGUAAACAAAUGAUCAAGAGAUUCUGUCCAGACGCAGAUUCAAAGAACAUGUUGCAGUGUUUGAAACAAAAUAAAAACAGUGAACUGAUGGACCCCAAAUGUAAACAAAUGAUCACCAAGCGCCAGAUUACCCAGAGCACAGAUUACCGGCUAAACCCUGUGCUCAGGAAAGCCUGUAAAGCUGACAUUCCUAAAUUCUGUCAGAAUAUCAUCAAUAAGGCCAAGGAUGACUCCGAGUUGGAAGGCCAGGUCAUUUCCUGCCUCAAACUGAAAUAUGCAGAUCAGCGCCUUUCUCCAGACUGUGAGGACCAGAUCGGAGUCAUAAUCCAGGAGUCUGCUUUGGAUUACAGGCUCGACCCUCAGCUGCAGAUGCAUUGCUCAGAUGAGAUCUCCAGCCUCUGUGCAGAAGAAGCAGCAGCCCAGGAGCAGACGGGGCAGGUAGAAGAGUGUCUAAAAGUGAACCUGCUUAAAAUCAAAACAGAAGUGUGUAAAAAGGAAGUAUUAAACAUGCUCAAAGAAAGCAAAGCAGACAUAUUUGUGGACCCAGUUCUCCAUACAGCCUGUGCCUUGGACAUCAAACAUCACUGUGCAGCCAUCCCCCCUGGGCGAGGGCGGCAGAUGUCGUGCUUAAUGGAGGCCUUGGAAGAUAAACGAGUGAGAUUGCAGCCGGAGUGCAAAAAGCGCCUCAACGACCGGAUUGAGAUGUGGAGCUACGCAGCCAAGGUGGCCCCAGCUGAAGGCUUCUCUGAUCUUGCUAUGCAAGUGAUGACAUCACCUUCCAAGAACUACAUUUUGUCAGUGAUCACAGUGGGCAUCUGUAUACUGUUCCUGAUUGGCCUGAUGUGUGGACGAAUCACCAAGCGGGUGACGCGGGAGCUCAAGGACAGGUAGAGCCCGGAUUGGCCACCAGAGCAAUCACCUGCCCAGUGCCCAGUUUGUACAGUCCUCUUGUAGAGCCUCCCCAUCCGCCCCACUCUUCUGAGAGGAGAAGCAAGCACCCUGAGUAGAACAGCAGCAGUCGUCCACUCCAUUGCCCCAUCUUGGAUUUCGUCCACGGCAUCCUCAUCGCUCUCUGAAAGAGUCUGUGUGCAACCUCAGCAGCUGGCCCGUGUUUGUACCCCCUUUGUUAGACUUUUGUUGACCUGCCUGUAGAUAAGUUUCUCAUGCCAAUGGACCUAUCAGCACUCCCAGAAGCAGACUGACCUGACCUGCAGCUCAAACCAUUUUUAAGUAAAAAAAAUUUUUAAAGAGAGAAAAAAUAUAUCUAUAUCUCUAUAUAUAUAAAACCUCCCAGCUUGAUUUGGGUAGUGGGGUUCCUACCUGGAUACAUUUCUAUUCUGUGACUGGGUGAAAACCAAGGUAGGGCUUUAGAGAGGAAUCAUGUCACCUAACAUAACUUGCUUUUCGGAUGUCUUACUCAUCUUCUCAUAAGUGUCUUCAGCAUUUAAUCAGGAUAGUGGAUGCCAGUGACAGGAUUCCCCACUUAUUUCUGCUGAAACAUCAAUGCCUUCCAGCUUCCGUCCUCACAGAGCCACUACUGGCCAAGGUCCCAGGGCCCGAAGGACUUCUUAAGAGCACCACACGUAAAGGAAAACAUGGGCCAGUGGAGACCGAAUUGGGGAGACUAAGCUUUCCUGAAGCCAGUCCAACCACAGAGCUGCACUGAAAGCCCGUGCCCCAAAUCCCCAGUAGUCAGAGCCCAGCAAGCUCAUUCGCCAGCUAAGAUUCAAGCUGACUCUGGACGCCCUCCGCUUCACCUAAAGACUCUGACCAGAAUUAGAAGCUCCCUCUUCGAUCUGGCUGGGGGAGGGAGAGAGGGAGGUUGGAUCAUUUGUUGUUUUUUUAAUAUUUAAUUAUAGGCUAGCAAAACUCAAGUUUGCAAAGAUCCAUUGGAAGUCUCAGUGUGUCUCUUGUAAUCCAGCAACUAAAGCAUUCUCAAACCUUCUAGGAGUAGAGUCCCUUCCAGAGGACACUCACUCCAGUGAUGCCCAAGAAAAAGUGAUCCACACUUGGGCGAGGUGAAGAUUACACAUCCAAAAUGGGAGAGUCUUCUCCAUCUUUGCCGUGCACACCAGCCCUAGAAGGCCCUGGGUGAAUACGGUGUUUUCAGGACUGCUUCUGAGCAGAAAAGGGACUCUGCUAAAGCAGGACCCUUAUUUUGGCUCUCUUAUUUUCCCCCAAUUGUGAAAAGGAUUGGGAGAUGAAUGGUGGUCCAGUCCUGGAAAACCUUAGGUUGAGUGUGGGGUUUAAAGUCACAGUGGUUGCACAAGAGGGCAGCGUGUACAGUAGGAAAUAGAUAGAUAGAUAGAUAAUAGAUAUAUAUUUUAUUAACCUGUUAGAUGUGCCCACAUGCUGUGUGCUGGAGUAUUAUAAAUGAUGUGCCUAAAGCUGUCUACACAGGCUGAGGCUGAUUCAGAAUGAAUUUCCAUUCCUGCACCUUUUCCGGGUUUUUUUUCCCUUGCCUUACCAAGAGUUACCUGUGUCUGCAUAACAUAAUUACAAGAGUGGGAGCUUAGAUGAUUGUGGGCCAGCUGACCUCGGUUACCUUUUGUGUACAGACUGACAUGUAUAUGAAUACUGCGGUUUCUCUUGCUACCCUUCCAGAGUGCUGGAGUAGGUAUGGAGAGAGACAUUAGGUAAAGCUAACUGUUCCCACCUCCCAUAUACCACAGGUUGGAGAGUAAAUGGGCUCCCUUGUGAGCUUUUCUCCUGAACAUUGGCAGAGUAGGAAUGCCUCCCUUGGGCCUGGGAUUCCAGACCACGGUGGUGGAGGCAGAAGAUUAUGGGGGGAUUCUGAAAGGCAGAACAGGUCCCAAAAGCCAGCUGUACUUCCCUCUUGCCGAGGGCUGUGUGAGGUACCAAGGGAAUUGGUUGUCCUUUGCACAGAAAGGGAAGCUGGUGACCCUGCCCAUCACCCUCGCUCUUGUUUAGAUGAUUUUCUUAGGCCUACUUACAUAGUUGACUUGAGGUUUUUUCCUACAGAGACAGUACCUCCAAAUUCAUGAGACUUGAAAGCUAAAGGGUACACAUUCUCUUCUCCCUCUGACCCCCCUCUUCAGCCAUGAGUGAAUUGAGGUUUUUGCUAUGAGGGGCUUCCAAUGAUGGGGAGAGAUUUCAUUGGAAAUCAGUUAACUGGGAGGGGGGGUGCACACGCAUGCAUGCAUGCAUGCACGCAUGCUUUAAACAAAAAGCAGCAAUUAAAAGUGGAUUGAGCACAUUCACCUUUCUCCCGACCCCCCCUAAGGCAAGGAACUGUAUGGAUUGCCAUCUAAAUAGAACAGAGUAAGACUCCAAUGUACCAUUCUUAAUGGUAUCCGAUACAGGUCUUCAGAACAAGAUCGGUUUCUACCAUCGAGGGAAUGAUUUCUCAACUUGUUAACUUUUUCUCCUAUAUGACAUUGUUAACUUCUUGUGUUUAAUAAGGGAAGGAUUCUGAUAGCCCUAAACAUGGUGUUCCAAAAGUCUCGUUGCAGUUUUAAGCUUUUAACAAUUUAAGAUUACACUAAGACUUUGCGGCCACUAGGUGGCGCAGUGGAUAGAGGGCUGGACCUGGAGUUGGGAAGAUCUGAGUUCAAAUUUGGCUUCCUAUACUGGUUAGCUGUCUCACUCUGUUAACCCUGCUUUCCUCAGUUUCUUCAUCUGUAAAACGGGCUGGAGAAGGGAAUAACAAACCACUCCAGAAUCUUUGCCAAGAAAACCCCAAAUGGGAUCACGAAAAUGUAGGACAUGGCUGAAAAAUGACUUAACAACAACAGCAAGACUUUUGGGAUACCCUAGAUAGCUUAAGUUUGGUUUUUUUUUAACCCUUCAAAAUAGUGAACUGUGUUAGUUCUCUACCUAUUAGCAGAGUUAGAAAGGAAAUUUGGUUCUUGAAACUUAGAAUCUUUUGAAAUAAUUAAACUAGUCCAUCAGAACCCCACUUUUCAUUGCUUAUGGAAAACAGUUUCAUGACCAUUGCCCUCUAUUUUGAGAGGGGCAAUAUUAGUCACAGACUGAGGCCUCAGUUGUAAGUUCUAGUUGUAUUGUGCUAGCAAGUGCUAUUCCAUUUUCCAAGCCCUCAUCCAGCACCAUUCCAGCCACCUGACAGACUGUGAUGUGAUGACAAAUACCAGAGACAAGCUCUCUUGAGCACCUUGGUAACUGACCCUAUUGACAUAGUUGUCACUCAACAAAGGAAGAGUCCCUUUACUUCCUAUUUGCAGGCCUACUUACCUGAUGUCUAGCACUAAUCCACUCAGAGGGAAAAGUUUCUUGCCAACAGUGACAGCUUGAAGUUCCAAACCAAGUGACUGACUCCAGGGCUUGUUAAAAUGAUAUCAUCCGGCCAUCCGAAAGAAAGUAUUGCAGGCCCUUACUGAGAAGUGAUUCAACAACUAGUUCCCAAGUUAUCAGACACCCAUUGGUUUACAGUUGGCAUCUCAUUCCAACAGCUCUCCAAAGGGAACUUGGAUAUCCAUCUCCCAUGUUGGACAUGCCAAAGACCAGAAACGUAGGUAUUCUGUCUGGAACAGAACCAAACUGGAUCUAUACUGGGCCCGUAGUAAGAGGCCAGUUACAUGUAUGGGGGCCUUAGGGGAAAGCAGAUUCUAGAGUGCCCUAUCCUCUGAAAUAAGAAGAGUCUUUUGGAAAGAAGUACCAUGUUAUGAUUUUUGAUAGAACCAGGGCCGGUAUGUAUUAGAGCCAGAUAUUUUCAGGAUAGAAGCCUCUAUUGGUGGGGGGGAGGGGGGGGUAGGAAUCCAGCUAUGGGAAAUACCUGUGUCUUCAAAAGCUAAGACUUUGGAACAUCUGAGAAUUUCAAGGACCACUGUAGAGAAGGCACUCUCAUCUCCUGUAACUCAAAGAUGCCUCCUAGCUGCCCACCUCACUCCCACUUCCCUGACCCUUUCAGCACAUGUGGAGGCCCCCAAAUAGAAGUCUGAAAAUUCUUAGGAGACUUAAGUCCAGGGAAUUGCCAUCGGCUUACAGGGCAGCAUUUAUUUCAAGUUACUUGUUAAUCAAUAAACACUUUUGAAUUGAGUUUACUUCCAGAGGCUUUAAUUUAUCACUUAAUCCUCCAGGAAAGAGUUGGGAAGGGAAUGCAAAGAGAAAGCUUGAUAGACACUUGUUUUCCUUUCAUUUCCUCCUAGGAGAGCACAUCUAGGCUGGGUCAUCAGCCUGACAAAACUUUACAAAAGUAUUGACAAAAAUUUACAAUUUUCCUUUAAAGUUAGAAAGUGAAUAUUAAUCCCUUAGUUUUGUUUUGGGUUUUUUUUGCGGAGCAAUGGGGGUUAAGUGACUUGCCUAGGGUCACACAGCUAGUAAGUGUCAAGUGUCUGAGGCCGGAUUUGAACUCAGGUCCUCCUGAAUCCAGGGCCAGUGCUUUAUCCACUGCGCCACCUACCUGCCCCUAAUCCCUUAGUUUUAUAGUUGCCCCUCCAGUUUCUAAAUUAACCACUGUAUUUAUUGUCAGUUGGGUCAGAACCAAGUCAUUGCAUCAGUGUGGCCUUUGAAACACUUGUCACCCUGGAUUUCUCCUGCUACCGCCCUAUCCCCUUCAGAAAAUUUCCACUAGGAUUCUGAAUCAGAGAUGCAGGUUCCAUUAAAUCCAGAGUAUGGAAUAGGGGCGGGAGAAGGGUAGAAUGAGUGUUGUCUGAGGAAAUGAGGAAUACCUUCUGAAUAAAUCACAACCAACCCAUCCCUCCCCUAUGUGCCAACUCCUAAUUCAGCCUGCUGCCACCCUCUUCACAAGGCAGAAUUCUUUCACUUUGCAGACCUUAGCCGCUGACCUCUGGGUCAGGGAACAUAGGAGAUCAGCCUAUCAGCUGUCUCUAGCCUUAAUAGAGAAGUGUUCUACCAGCCCCUCAUACAGCUGGUGAGAGGGACUAGAAUUCCCACACUCAAUUCAUAGAACAGAAAGAGGAUUGUGGCUUCUUGAACUGUGAAUACUUUUGCUUUUUUGGUUUUUUGUUUUUUCAAAUUCUGGGUAUAUAAGUAAGAACAAAGAAGUCAAAAUGCCCUAGUUGUAUGUCCCUAUUUGAAUCCUAUUUAGUUGUAUAAAAUGUGGCAUUCUAUUGCAUUACAGUUUGGGUGGGGUUUCAGUGUGGUUGUACCCAUUCUCCCCAUUUUCCAUGGGAUGUUACUGUAUCUGGCACUGGCUCUUCCUUACCGUUUUUGGCCAACUUUCCAGUCCUCUUCCUUCUUGGUCCUCCUCACCCCACUUCUUUCUCCCAACUCCUGUUCCUUCACAGGUUGGGUAGCCAUAGACCCAGGCUGGUACAUCCAGGUUCCUGUGUCUUGUCCCCAUGUCCCCUUGGCUCUGGGGGCAGCCUCUCAGCUGGAGCACAAGGCUAUUGAGGACUAGAGCUGCCCAGAGCUACAAGUUAAUGCAUUCUGUAGUAAUCUAUGACUCCAUUCUCUUCCUCAUCCCAUGCACAGACUACCAAAGAGAGAGAAAGAGCCCCCCCCCCAUGUGUUGGGGGGUAUGGGGUCUUGGUAGUAGAGAUAUGUGGUGACCUCAGGAGUUAGGGUGGUACUUCCCCAGUCAGAUGGGCCAGGAUCUCUGAAUAGGGUCUCCAUGUCAGAUGGGGCGCACUGGGUGGAACAGCAGAUGGACAGGGCAGGAUAAAAUGGGAGGACCAGACUGAAGGUGGUUAGCACUAUUACCACUGUUGUCAGCCUCUCCAAGGGCAGUGUCUCAAAUCGAUUGAAAAAAACGACAGCAAAUGCUGGGUGUGACUUAGGCCUUUUUUUUUUUUAAGAAAAAAAAAAAAGAAAAAGGAACGAAGAAAAAAGAGGGGAAAAAAAGAAAUAAAAAUAAGACUCUUUUGUAAAUUGUUUUCUGUGUAUAAAAUUCUGGCCGUUCCUUGUUUUUACAUGUUCAUGCUGUGUAAUUUUGAGAUGUUACUGAGAUUCUGAACAUAAUGUGCA